CUAAUUUUUUCUAUAUAAUUGCUAAAAUUAAGAAAGCUUUUGUUAAAAAAUUAAAUAAAUUUCUUUGUAAUUGGAAAAAUUAUGUAAAAAAUCAAAGGGGUUUUCAAACAAAAAAAAAUUUCUUCCUCUAUUUUUUACAACACCGAGAAAAAAUCUUCAUGGAAGAAGUGUAAUACAAAAAGAAAACCCAGAGAAAUCACCUGAAUUUUUUACAUCACAAAAAGUAACAAAAUAUAAAUACAAACAAGCAAAUGCUAGAAUAAAUAAAAAUUAACAAACCCCCCUUUUUGGAAACCAAAAAAAAAAAACGGAACUUAACCUAAAAACAAACCAAGAGAGUUUUUUUAAGGCAACAGAGAAUAUACAAAACAACAGAAACAACAAGUCAGCAAACAGCAUUAAUAGUAACAACAGAAAAGAACGAGUGGCAAAAAAAUAUAGAAAAAAAAACAGAAAAUACCAAGAAUAAGAAAUUGUCAACUAACCAACUCAAACUAAGACAAACCAAGAAGAAAUAAUAAGAACCAAGGGAACAAGACGAGUGCUGUUGUUGGCGGUGUCAGUUUGUUGACGAUAUAUAUUUGCUUGUUUUUAAUAAUAGCCCAAAAAAAUAAAAAUAAUAAUAAAAAGAAAGAAUUGUGUGAACACAUCAAGACAACAAACAGUUGUUACUGGUUCCGUAAUACAUCAAACUAGAAGAACUAUCACAAACAUAAAGAAACUGAGGAGCUGAACAAUAAAGCAAUAGAAAAAUUUCCUUUUUUUAUAUAUACAUUCAUAUAAUCAUAAAUAACAGUAGACUAUAAAAUGGACUCGUUAAAAAUAUCCAAAAGUUCUUCAAGUUCGUCAACUAAUAACGCUUCAUCGCCCAGCACAAAUAAACCAACGGCAGGACAAACCUCCUCCUCUCAAACUACAGUGCCCAUAACUGUACGUUUUAAUGCUGGCGAUGAAUGUAUUGAUGACAUAUUUCAAUCGUUUCAUACAACAAAUACCACUAAUACGUCAGCCACAAAUACAGGAAGCGGUGGUGGAGGAGGCGGCGUUAGUGGUUCUACAAUAGGUUCAUCGAAUACCAACAAUACUAAUAUAACAGCCACUGGCGCUAGUGGUGGUGGAGGAGGUGGUGGUGAUUCCCUAUCAACCAGUCCUUCACAACAUCAUCAAAAUCCUAUAAAUAACCCUGAUGAAGUUAAUACCCGUAAUAAUUUUCUGCAAGGCAACUUCUUUAAUCGUAAAAGAUCAGGCAGUAUUGAGGGCAUCUCACCAACUUCGGUUGGACCAAAUUUAAUAGCCGCAUUAUCGAGCAGUGAUGCCACUUCGAUUGGUACAUGGCGCAUGAUAAAAGGUAAAGUUUCACAAACAAUUGAAGAUAUAAAAUCAUCUAAAGGUAGUACAACAAAUAUUACUACAUUACAACCCCAAUCAUAUCCAACUAUUAUAAUCAAAGGGGGUGAACAUCAACAGCAAACGGGAAUUGAAUUCGAUUCAGAUCAGGAGACUAAAACUUCCAUGAGUGAAGAUUUAUCGGUGGAACAGGAUAGACGCAGUAGUGGUGGUAGUGGUAAACAUAAAAGAUCUAGUAAAUUGGAAGAUUCCGAUUCAGAAUUUGAAAAUGAAAUAUUGUUAGAGGGUGAAUCGGAACAUUCACGUUUCCGACGCGGCUUUGCUCAUCUCAAGUCGAAAGUAAAGGCCAAACACGCGGCACAUCAAGCACAAAGAGCUACCCUCUCCACCGCUUCGGCUGCAGCAGCAGCAACAGUUUCUACACCUGUUAGCCAUUCGGCAGUGACAGCAGUGAAGAAAGACAUCAGUCCCAGUAGAAGUACAGGCUCCUCGUCCUCUUCGACUUCUUUAAGGGGAAAUUUCUUAAGAAGACGCCGUAAUAAAGGUGUAGAAACAGCAGAAUUGGCUUCACCCACCAAUAUGGCUUCAGCUUUAGCCGCCACAGUGGCCGCCAGUGGUGAAAUGGCUGCUGCAGUACCCGUAGUAGUAAGUGGUAAACCGGCCAAGAAACCCAAGGGUAUUACAGUGGGUAAAAAAGAUAUAGAAAUUGAGUCUGGUGUUGAGAUGUUAGAGGAUAUGAUACCACCAGCCACAGCCGCCCCAGCUGCUGAUGAUACCUCACCCGAUUCCAUACCACCUAAACGUGAUGAAUUAAAUUUACCAUUACAAAGUGAUAAUCUAAACACUCCACCCUACAAGGACUAUACACUAAAAAGUAUUAAAAUGUUAUACGAAUGCCAAGAUCCUACAAAUAUGACUCCCAACGAGUCACGUCUAUCAUCGGAUAGUGCUGCUUCCUUGGGUAAAACAAAUCAAGUUGACAAUAAACAUUUCUUUUGGGAUUAUUGGUAUCAAAUUGUUAAACAUGCUAAAUAUUUACCCUGUAUUUCCAUUAUGGGUUUAGUAACCAUAUUCAUUUUGCCCUUAAAUGAUUUUAUUCGCGGGGUCUUAACUUGUUUAUUAAGCAUUACCAUUGUUGAUGGUCUCUGGAAUUUAAUACAAACAGUUAUUGAACGUUAUACCAUACAUUUUAAACCAGAAAAGACAACGUUUCAUAUACCCGACUAUAGUAAAAUGACAAUAUGUGAGGUACCGGCAGUGAAGGAGUAUAAAACUGUUAAAUCGUAUGGGGGUUGGAUGAAUGAGAUUGAUAGUUACGAUCCAAAUACAUUCAGUAUUAACAUGGCUAGAUCGGUUUAUAUUAAACUGGAAGGCACAGUAUUACAUAUAUCCACUACGAAUGCUCGUAUACCCAAGCGUGUUAUGUGGAAUGAAUUGCCUAUAAAUCGUAAAACUAUAAUUUUUACCACACAUCGCACAUACGAUUUACUAGGCUGUCGUAUUGAAUUAUUACCUAUUGGUUUAGCUAGAAAAAGGCACUUCAAUCGCAAAUAUCCCAUACAACUAAUAAUAAAAGAUACUAAAACGGCACCUAGCGCUGAGGAUGAUGAUAUCGAUAACAAACCUUUAAGACGUAGAUUUAGUCGACAUCGUAAUAAGCGAGAAAAGUCGGAAACAAAAGAAUUAGCGGAAAAUAGUAGCGGUAAAUUAAAUGAAAAUGAAACACAGACACAAGAAUCGGGUGGAGAAAUGGAUUUCGGAGCCACUAUAUUAAAUGCAGAUUUGCAGAAAUUACAAGAUGACGUUAAUCCAGAUGAGGAUUUAAAUAAUAUAACCGUACCAUGUGGUGAUGAAGUUCGUAUUUUAUUAUUUGCCAGAUGUGCCAGAGAAAAGGAAGAUUGGUAUAGACGUUUUGUAGCCGCUAGCUGUGGUGAUGUCCAUGAUCAAGAUUUACAUUUGAGUAAUGUAAAGCUUAUUAAUUCUAAGGACUUGCAAGCGGCUGCUACUAAAGCGGCACAAUUAAUAACUAAUCCUAAGCCUAAAGAGAACAUAGCUGGUUCCGGUAAAUCUUCAGUGUCUGAACAACAAAGAGAAUCAACCUCAUCGCUUAAUUUUGAAGAUUUAGUUGAUCUAUCUCCUGCUGUUCCCGAAAAAGAGGAAACGGAACGUGAUGACGAAUCUAUAGAAUUUAUGCCAGAUGAUGCUGAAACCAUUGAGGGUCUUUUAAUGUUAGCCAGCGCUGCUAGAAAUGAUGCUAAUUAUAUUAAAUUUAUGGCUUUAUAUCAGAAAGCUUGUAGACAAUCAAAGAUUCCAGUUUACAAAGGACAAAUCUUUCAUGAUCCUCUAGACAAGAAAAGUAAUAAACGCACUGCACGUCAUGAAAAUGAACUUUGGAAGGGCAUAGAUCAGUCGUUAUUCUUAGGUCCUUCUGGCAGUGUGGUAUGGGCUAAUGUUUUAAUAGGCCGCUUACUCUACAGCACCUUACAAAAUGAGCAAAUUUUAGAUAAAAUACAGGAUAUUUUGCAAAAGAAAUUGAAUUCCAUUAAGCUUCCCAGUUUCAUGGAGGAUGUGGUCAUUAAAAAUAUUGACCUAGGCACAACACCUCCGCUAAUACAUCGUGUCUCCCAACCUAUGCUAGAUGAACGUGGCAUUUGGCUUGACAUGGAUGUAACAUAUGAGGGUCAUUGUCAUAUAACCGUAACGACAAAAAUGAAUUUGUUACGUCUUAAACGUCCAAUGCGUACACCUCUGUUUGUUGAUACAAAACUAGAUGCCACCAUACCGAAUUCGCACAUAGCAGCUUCUUUGAAAGAUGAACUUUUAGCUGCCAAUAAAGCAGCACGUGGCGGUGUUAAUGAAACGGAACUAUUAAUAGAAAGCGCUUUGACAGGCAGUGCUAUAUUUGAUAGUGAUGCUGAAAGUACUGGCAGUUCAAGUACAGAAUCCGAUAGUCCUAUUGCUGGUACAAUGGGUGAAAAUCCGAAUAGUGUUAGUGAAGGCGCCACAAAUCCGGGUAAUGCUAGACGUAUAUUUAAAUUUGUUGAUCGCAUUGCUACUUCCAAUUUUUUCCAAUCUGCAACGGAAUUGUCUUUUGUACAAAAAGCCAUGGAAAAUAUGAGUACUACCAUAACAUUAGGCAUAGAUUUAAGAGGUUUAGUUUCAAGAGUAACAAUAAAUAUACCUCCACCACCCUCGGAUAGAAUAUGGCUAGCUUUUCGUGCUCCACCACGUCUUUGGCUAACAGCACGUCCUACAGUGGGUGAUAAAUCUGUUGAUUGGAGCAUUGUUACCAAUGUUAUUGAGGGUAAACUAUGCGAGGCUGUUAAUAAAUAUUUAGUAUAUCCCAAUAUGGUUGAUUUAACUGUACCGUUUUUGGGUAAAUCUGCAGCUUCCGAAUCAUAAGAAUUAAACAAUUUUGUUUUAUAUUUUUUUAUUGUAGUUUUAUUACAUUCUAUAUGUUUGCCGUCUCUUUAAGGAGAAAAUUUACUAUAAGUUUUUUUUUUAAAUAUUAUAAUUAUUAUUACUAUUAUACAAUUUAUGUAAAUUUCUUUAUAAAAUAUCAGUAAAGAAAGAAAAAAAAAAGAAAUUGUUAACAUAUUUUUCUA